AUGACUAUAGUUAUUAUAGUCCUGCUUAUCUUGAUGCAGACUUCUGUUCUGGAUUCAAGUCAUCACGGACAUAGUCAUGAUAUCGAGGCACCACACAUCAAAUACACUCGUGAAGCUAAUGAAAAACAUGACAGUCAUGAACAUUCCCAUCAUCAUGAUCAUCAUGAUCAUCAUCAUCACCAUGAUCAUCAUCAUCAUGAGCAUUCGGAAAGCCAUCGCCAUACGCAUGAUCAACAUUAUUUUCAUCAGAAGGAAGAUCAUUCACAUCACUUCGGGGAGAUUGGUCAUCGUCAUCAACAGCGCAUUAAAGCAAAUCAGAAAAAUUAUAAGCCGUACGAUCCAAAUGGGAUUCUAUCCUUCCUGAAUGAUUUCCAAACACGUCUUUGGGUGUAUAGCAUUGGUUCAACACUGCUAAUCAGCUUUAUGCCAUUUGUUUUACUGUCGCUAAUACCUUUACAGGCAAACACUGCAGAAAGUGAACCAACGCUAAAAAUCCUUUUGAGUUUUGGUUCUGGUGGUUUAUUGGGUGAUGCAUUUCUUCACCUGAUUCCACAUUCACAACAUUCCGGACAUCUACAAGUUUCCGGGCAUUCACAUGGGCCACAUGACAUGAGUGUUGGAAGUUAUGUGCUAGCUGGAAUAUUAACAUUUCUGACAGUGGAGAAGCUUGUACGCAUUCUACGAAGUAAAAAGAUGAUUCAUUCUCAUUCACAUAAUGGCUUAUCGGAUGAUAAAAAGAUUACAAAGCGAAGUAAAGGUGCCGAAUCUAGUAAAGAAAAGAAAUCGGAUGUUUCAUCAACGGAAGAAAGUUUGCAUAAUAGUUCCGAUGAAGAGCACAAGCAUUUAACGGCAAAAACAAACGAUGAAACAGGAUUUAAAGUGGCAGCAUAUUUAAAUAUGGCUGCAGAUUUUUCUCAUAAUUUUACUGAUGGUUUAGCAAUUGGUGCAUCAUUUCUCGCAGGUACCGCAGUUGGUGUUGUAACGAUGAUUACUGUGCUCGUACACGAGAUACCGCACGAGAUCGGAGAUUUUGCUAUCCUUGUACAAUCUGGUUUCACCAAGAAAAGGGCUAUGUUUAUUCAACUUCUAACAGCCUUGGGUGCUCUUGCUGGUUGCUCCUUAGCGUUAUGUUCAGCAAAUACUGACGAAUUAUCUAAUACAGCUUCUUCAAGUUGGAUAUUACCUUUCACUGCCGGUGGAUUUAUCUAUAUUGCCACUGUAACAGUCAUUCCGAAACUUCUUGAAAAUACUUCCACUUGGCAAAGCAUCAAAGAAGUAGUGGCCUUGUUAAUGGGAAUAAUACUGAUGUUUAUCAUUGCUAUUUAUGAAUGA